AUGUGUAUAUUUCUUACUUAUUUUACAAGUAUAGCAACAAAUGCUAUAUGUUAUUCAUAUCUUGUUACAGCUAUAAGUCAAUAUUUCUUUAAUAUUUUAUAUCGUCGAAAAUAUUUGUUAACCUUCCGCAUGCAUUGGUUCAUUAUUUUUCUUAGUUGGUUUAUCAGUUUUCUUUUACCAUUACUUCUAUAUCUACAGGGUGCACUUCGAUAUUCAUCCGAAACACAUAUGUGUUUUCUCGAAUUAUCCAAACAAUGGGCUGUUUUAAGUUACAUGAUCAUAGCUAUUGGUAUACCCUACUUUAGUAUCAUUUUUAUUUAUCGAAAUAUUAUUCGCCAUACUCGACGUAUAAAUACGAUGAUUAAUGCUACAUCAAAUUUACAAAUAAUGUCAAAUCGAGAUCUACGAGUUCUUAAAAAUAUACUUAUACUAAUUGGUAUUCUAGGUGCAGCUGGAUUGCCUAGUUUGAUUCUUUUUAUAUGGAAUUUAGUUACACCAGGCAAAGCACCAGUUCCAUUUUAUCUCGCUUGUAUUCUUGUAAUUAAUAUUUGUACAAACAUACAAAUUUUAUUUAUUUUUAAUAUGAACAAAAAUACGAAAAUUAUUUUCUGGAAUCGUGUUAAGAGUGUAUUUCAAUGA